AUGUGUUACAAAACGAAAGCGUGGCUGAUGAUCAAGGACGGGUGUUUGUUCAGGAAUUGGCCCGUGGAAUACCGUUGGGAUGAGUUCAAGGGUAGCAGUAGCAGUGUGGUCGGUGGCGAUGGUGCCACCGCCACCAACCCUCCGAGAUCACAGUCGUCCAGCAAGCAAGAAGAGCCGAGACUGACCCAAAGCAGCAUCCUCCAAGGCAUGAAGCAGUCCUCCAGCAAACUGGCCAGGUACGCCAUCGCGCACUCUCUUGGCCGCUGCUUGCUGUACCCGGGCUCCGUUUGCCUCUUGAACAAAAUCCCGCUCUCUUUGCUGGUGAAGGGCCGGACUCGCCUCAUGGAGGAUUUUCACGGGAAACGAGCCAAACUGAUCGCUCGGGAUGAAAACGAAAUCGACACCAUGUUUGUAGACAGGAGGCACAGGAAAGAUCUGGAGCCGAAGGGGAUGCAGUUGGUUAUUUGCUGUGAAGGGAAUGGCAGCUUUUACGAGAUUGGCUGCCUUUUCACCCCAUUGAAAGCCGGGUACUCUGUCCUGGGGUGGAACCAUCCUGGUUUCGCGAGAAGCUCGGGGGCACCUUACCCAAAGAACGACAUCAACGCCAUGGAAGUGGUGCUCCAGUACGCCAUCCACCGCCUUAACUUUAGCCUGCCGGACAUCGUGAUCUACGGCUAUUCCUUAGGCAGCUACACGGCAACGUGGGCUGCCAUGAGCUACCCAAAGCUGGGCGGCUUGAUCCUGGAUGCCUCCUUCGACGGACUGGUCCCUUUGGCGAUGAAAGUGAUCGACAAGAGGUGGAAGAAGCUGGUGGUGAAGACGGUGAUGGAGCACUUCAACCUCAACGUGGCCGAGCAGGUGUGCAAAUACCCGGGGCCCGUCAUGCUGAUCCGGAGGACCCUCGACGAAAUCACCAGCACCAAGUUCAAUCCGGAGAACCGCCUUCCCAUUGUCAAGACCAACCGAGCCAACCACUUGCUGCUGCAGCUCCUGACGACCCGUUACCCCGAGAUCAUCUCUGGGGCGGAAGAAGUGGUGCACCAGUGGCUCUCUGCUGGCAGCCUUCCGUUGGAGUCUCUCAUCUACCACUACUUGUACAAGGUGGAUGAAAACUGGUGUCUCCACAAGCUCCAGAGCUACAGGGAGAGUCUGGGGGCACAGGCCGAUUUCCCGUGGAAAAUCGGGAAAGGCCUUACUUGCAACCAGAAGCAGCAGCUAGCCCUGUUUCUGGCCAAGAAGCACAUGAAGAAUGUGAUGACCACACACGGGAGAACUUUGCCGACCGAUGAGUUUCAGCUCCCCUGGAAGCUCUGA